AUGAUCAGCAGACAAAAUCCGAUAUAUCCGAAAAAUUGGAAAGAAGACUUUCUUAAGCAACCAGAAAAUUCCUGGUUUUGUGACAUUCCAGAUGAUUAUAUCAUCGAAAGCUUCAAUUUAACAGGUUUAGAAGAUAAGUUCUCGUACUUCGACCAAGAAUUACAAGUACUUGUCAACAAAAAAUCUAUUACAAAACUUGCAGAUUCUAUUCGCGAAACAGUUUGGAACGAACUUCCGAUUUUAUAUGGAAGCAUUCAUGCUAGAUUUAUUAUUUCGCCCGAUGGCAUUAAUCAAGUUAAGGAAAAGUACAAUAGAAGAGAAUAUGGAUUUUGUCCACGUAUCAGCUGCAAUAAAGAGCCAUUACUCCCGAUAGGAAUUACAAGCGAACUCAAGAAAAACCGCGUCAAAGGCUUCUGUCCAAAAUGCAGAGGUGUUUAUCGUCCAAAUCCCGUUGUUGAGAUCGACGGCGGAUUUUUCGGUCCUAAUUGCCCACACAUACUAGUAGAGGAACUCAAUCUUAGGGGUAAAUAUAGGGAAUAUAAACCAUACGUCAGAUCUGCGUUUGGAUACCACGUUUACGAUGAAAAGAUCCAUGGGGCUGACAAUAUCAGUAACUGA